AACUUCGUCUUUACGUGUGAAGGCUGGCUUGACAGCAGUGCAUAAACGGUGUUGAAAAUGGAUGGCUGCGUCCUUGAUAGAGGCUCUUUUAAAUGUGACUAUGAGUGUGUUUGCUCAGUUUCACUGUCUUUCAUUACCAUGGUGUAGUUUAGGGUACUGUACAAUCAAAACACUGUUUACUGGGGAUUUUUGAGUGGGCGUUACACCCAUUAUGAUGACGUCACGAUACAGGAAGUAAACAGCUCACGAGAUGUCUAUAGUUGAUGAUCAGCUCCAAACGAUUUGCACGAUUUAUAUUAUUUUAACGAUGGUAACCAUGCGCUAAGGUCUGAUGCAGGUGUGACAAGCACCCCCUCGGUGUCAUGGCAGAGGUGCUGGGACAGAGAUGUUUGCUGGGCCUUUGCGUACUGUUUGCUUGGCUCGUUCUUUUCCAUCUGCUUGUUAAUAUCUGGCUGCUGUGCGUGUUCACCAGCCUGCUCGUCGUACUUGGGGGCUGGCUGGGGUCACAGGCUAUUUUGGAAUCCAACAGUGUGAUUCACCUGGAGAGGUUUAUCACUCUGGAACAGAUUCCUUCCACCGUGGAGGAUGAACAUCACUUGGACCAAGAAAUCCACAAUUCGGUGAGGAAGAUUAUCAGGGACUUUGUUUGUUCUUGGUACAAGACUGUGUCCUCUGAGAGUGGCUUUGAAAAGGAGGUUCAAGAGGCGAUGAUUUCUAUGGGCAUGGAGCUGAAGAUGCGUGCAAAGCAACUCGACAGAAAGAGGCUGACCCAGAGGAUCUUGGAAAUGUUUGGCUGCCAUCUGCAGGACUACCUUCGAGCCAAGGAGCUGGUUGCCCAGCAGCAGAUGUCUCCACAUACAAAAGCGAAUAGUGACAGGGAAAAGUUGUGGCAGGCCUAUUCCAGGGUUUGCGCACCUCACUGUGUUAUGACCAGCGAGUCAGUGGAAAUCAAUUACACAAGAGCUCUAGUGGACUUAUUGCUGCAUGUUUUGGUGCCCCCGCCUCACUUGGAAACAGGCACUGGACGAUAUGUUGUUGGAGAACUCAUCACCUGCAAUGUCCUGCUCCCCCUUUUUGCAAAAUUGUCUGACCCCGACUGGUUAAACCUUUUCUUGAUAGACAUAUUUGGCAGUUGUAAUAAAUCAAGGGAGAUGAUUGGAGACGAGACACUGGAUUUGUCAGUACCACUUCCCUCUGCUAAAUUACAGCUCAAUGUACCACAAGAAACCACUUACGCCCACCAAAGUAAUGCGGAUGUCCCUUCUCCAAAACCUCUAACAGAAAGGGACAUUUUUGGAGACAUGGUCUUGCUGGAACUCUCGAUGCAUGAUGGAGCAGAUUCGGAGGAGGUCGAUUGUCAACAGAAUAACGUUAAAGAAGAGGAAAGUCAGACCUUGAUAAACUCUUUGAGUGGAAUUAACUCGAAUCCCUUUUAUCAAGAAAAUGAUUCUGACUUGGACUCUUCGUUAGCUGAUUACAAACUGAAUUCCAUUGACUCCUUGGACAUGAUAGGGCAAGAGGACGGUAUGGAUGACCAAGAGAAAGAAUGUGGAAUUAAAAGUAGUAAUGGUCAAGAUUUGGAGGCUCUGUGUUCCAAUCAAUUAGAUGUCUUCUGCCCGACAGUCUCGAUGAAUUCAGAGACAUCCCAGCACCCAAAUGGCUUAUUGGAAAGAACAACAGAGAAUACUCCCAUCGGCAGCCUUCAGAACUUGGAGAGUGAAAGUAGUUUCUCUUUAGCAAACCAGGCAAGGGAGCUUCCUCUGGUUGUUGAACCAGUUGGGAACACCAAUGAAGUGACUGUCAUCAGCCCAUUGCAUGGUUCUUCCCCCUUGCCUACGUUCAGUUUUGAACCUCUAAGCAGUCCCGAUGGACCAAUAAUAAUUCAAAACCUUCGUAUCACUGGCACGAUCACAGCGAAGGAACACCGUGGGACCGGCUCACACCCUUACACGCUUUACACUAUCAAGUAUGAGACGGCAAUGGGUUGUGAGAACCCAGGGCGCGGCCAUCCAUGCUCGGAGGACGGGGACACGCCACACCCAGGUUUUGAAAGUCCAUCUUCCGUUCACCCAGUGGCCUACCACAUGGUCAACAGACGAUACAGCGAAUUUCUUAACCUACAAGCGCGCGUGGAAGAAAGAACAGAAUUAAAGAAACUCAUCAAAGGUGUAAAAGGCCCAAAGAAAAUAUUCCCAGACAUGCCCUUUGGAAACAUGGACAGUGACAAGAUCGAGGCCAGGAAAGGAAUGCUGGAGACAUUUCUAAAGCAUCUUUGUGCGAUUCCUGAAAUAGCCAACAGUGAACAGAUGCAGGAGUUUCUGGCUCUUAAUACAGAUGCCCGGAUUGCCUUUGUCAAGAAACCUUUUAUUGUUUCACGCAUUGACAAGAUUGUGGUGAAUGCAAUAGUGGACACUCUGAAGACAGCCUUUCCUCGUUCAGAGCCUCAGAGCCCAACUGAUGAAAAUGAGGGCGAGAUGGACGGUGGCAAAAUUGAUACCGACAAAAAGAGCAGGUCACGCCUGAAAUUCUCCAGCAAAAGCAUCCCAUUUAUGAAUGGCUCAGAUGUCAGACCAACUGUCUUGUUUAGCUCGGACCAAACUCAUACAGUGUUUAAUGGAAUGUCUUUGGAGGACCUGCAAAAUUUUAUCGAUAAAGAAGAGAAUCUGUCCCUCACAUCACUGCCAAAGUGCGGGAACGAGACGAUUGUUACACAAGACGGAAAUUGCCAGCAUGACUCUGCCGUCAGAAAGCAAAUACUAGGACAUGCGGGCACAGGUGCAGCUGAGAUGGCACUGGCGGAUGUUGCUUUGAACAUCAUGUGUCUGCUCAUGAGAGAGCAGUGGAGCUGGCUGUGCACUGAGAACAUUCAAAGGACCAUCAGGCUGCUCUUUGGAACCCUUAUUAACAGAUGGCUGGAUGUGAGUGUGGCCAAUCUGACAUGUACCAGAUACUGGGUCCAUUACCUUCAGGUCAUCCAGGAGUCUGUGUGGCCAGGAGGAGUUUUGCCCACCUCACCGCAAAUAGAACGAAGCCAGCAGCAGAAGGACAACACCAAGAAACAAGCCUUACAUUGUCUGAUGAGUCUUCUGCCAGAUGUAGUCACCGAUUUUCUCAGCUCAGAGAAGUACAAACUCAGUUGGGAGAUUGUCCUUGAUUCCUUCCAAAACCCCUACAUUAACAGACACCUGGUUUACAGCAUUUGUGAUCUUUUAUUGGAGUUCCUGGUUCCUGAAUUACCUGAGCAAAGCUUUCAAAGGAGUUUGCUGCAGAGCCUCUCCAAGAACCCAGAAAAACUCUUGGCCUGAGGAGAUGACCCAAAUGAACUGUUACAAUUGAUGCCCUCCGUCAUGGUGUCUCAAACCUUCUGAUUUCAAGAUGAACACUUGAAAUUUGGUUCACCGCUCUGAACCCAAACCCGCUCAAAUAUAAUCAUGUUCUGCCCUAACAUCAAGAUACGGUACUUAAACUGUAAAUAAAUGACCCAGUAAGCUUUAGCUAAAUGUAUUUUGCCAAACGUGUGUCUGCUUGACAAUCGGUGAUACAGUACACAGAUUUUUACACUGACAGUUGCAACCCCCCCCCAAAAAAACAAAACAAAUAUUAAUGUAACCAAAUUUUGAUGAAUGAACCAAACAGUUCUCAAGGGUCUUAAAAUGGUCUCUGACAUUGUUUAGUCAAAAUACCCAAGGGAUAAAGCAUGACGGCUCACUAGAACACUGUUUGAAAAAUAGUUUACUUUGUGUAAA